AUGGUUUUCCCGGUGAUGCAGGGCCUCUCCUUCGACUCCCUUUGCUCAAGCCGUUGCCAUCCACUCCCCUGGCGGUCGGAAUGCGUGGCAUGCAACAUGAGCAUGAUGAUCCUUUACCUGAUGUUAGCCAGCAUGCUCUUCAUCGAUGUUUUCAUGGGCCACGUGCUGUUCACCUCUGUCAUUGGAAUCGUGCUGGGCACCCAGAGAGGGCUCAACGGCAUGCGGAAGGCGCCGGACUCCGCGGUCUUCCUCUCCGAUUCCAACCUGGGCGUCGGGGAGAACAAUCCGCGCGCCGGGAAGCUGAUGCAGCGAGUCUUCGGAAACGGAUGGCGACACACCUGGAAUUUGAUUUGCUAUCGUUUGUGGAAGGAGGACCUCCUGAGCAGUGCUGAGGUGGAGGAUAUCCUCCCAUCGCACGGAGGCACGAUUUGUGAGGAUCGCCUUCGAAUGGAGGAGACGAGCACUCUGGAGAAUCCUCCGAUCUCCCACCAUGGCAUCUUCCGCACCCAUGACAUCAUGCCGCUCUCCCAAGUUCUCCCUGCGGUGAAUGAGGAGGUGAUCCUGCAAGAUGGCUUCUUGACCGCGCAGAACGGCGCCAAUCUGCGGUGGAUCAUCAUGAAGUACCCCAAGGAUCCACCAACAUAUUCGAGCAUUCUCACUUUAGGAUAUUUGGGCAAGGCCCAGCCGGGUGUGAGCGAUAAGACGCGCAUCGAAGUUCGACUGUGGGCGUCGAUGCGAUCACAGACAGUGAUGAGAACCGUGCAGGGUGCUGUGAACUAUCACAUCGCGUUGGAAGCCAAUCCGACGAUCGUGUCGCCCCACAGCACCAUCUCCAAGCGACAACAACUGGAGAAGUACGUGGAACUGGUGUGGUCUCAUCAGACCCAUGGAGAAGACAACAAGAAAGACAGUGAUGUGCGCCGCUUGUUGGGCCUCUAUGAGGAGAACCCGACGUGCAGAGCACUCUGUUGCGCUGACUAUCCCAUCUACUUGGUCUUCGACUUAGACAUGGUUCAUCUCACCACUUUGGACCGGAAGAUCAUGGGCCAGAUGGUCCGCCGCCGACUGCGGCACGAGAUGGGUGUGCCGGAUGAAUACUUUGAUGACACCCACUUCUUUGACCACUUCCCCUACAUGUCCUGCAAGGCAAACAACGCAUCGGAAUCGGCGUCCGUUUUGGGGGCCAUGUAUAAGAAGAGGCCCUUGUUGGAAGAGCGUCGCAAGCUCAUCCGGGAGCUUGAGCUUAGCAAUCUGGAUGGGAAGUUUAUCGCCUCCCAGGUCGAAGCCUUCGACCCGACCAGCGUCUUGAACUUGGAACUCAUGGAGGCGAUGCCGCGGCGCUUGCCACUGAUGAUCGGAAAUCUCACGCAGGGCAAGGCUGGAAAUCAAUUGAUGGCCUUGCGCUUUUGCAAGGGCUUUGCUCUUCAGGCGAUGGAUGCCAACAUGGGUUCCUUCAUCGGAGAAGCCUUUAAGGUGCCCAUGGUGCUGAAGCGCUUCCAACCGCGGGGCAGCUCCCGAGACGUGGUCACCGCCAGGCUGAUCGGCUUCCGCGAACACAUCUUCACCGUGGCCCAUGGCAUUUGUGGCGACAUUAACGCCGUGGCGGAGUGGUGCUUCGGGACCUCCAUCCAGCGGGUUCAGACCUGGCUGGGCGUGCGCAUGCACUACGGGCAUCCAGACUUUGUGGAUCUCUACUGGGCCCGGAACCGUGGCUCCAUGAGUAAGGCGACACCGCAUAUCAAUCUCUCGGAGGACAUCUACCUCGGCUUCAACGUCAAAAACCGUGGGGAAAAAUCCGACCACUUCGACUUCCUGGAGUGGGAGAAAGGCAGAGAGGUCUCCUUCAAUGCCGCCAGCACCUUCUUGUACAAGAUCUCGGGUGGCAACAUCGGUGUGUGGCGCUCCAAGGCUGCGUCGCUGCGCUCACUAGCUUUCAGACUGGUGGCGCGGAGCCUAGCAAUGGCUGAUGGGGGCGGCAAACCCUUUUGGAAAGACGAUGAGAUCGUCUGCGACAAAGAUGGAGUGCCCCACUACACCGGCAGGUAUCCCAGCCUCAUGAAGGAGUAUCGCCGUCGAGUCCUUUUCUGUUUCAACAACCUGGAAGGAGACGGCAAAGACGCAACAGAAGAGGCCAGGGAUUUGGAAAAGAAGAAAGCCCGAUUCGCAAAGAAGCUCCUGGACGCCCUGCACGGCGAAGCUUGGCGAGCCUGUCAGGAUCUUCUGACCAAGGCUGAUGAGCUCAAGAUGCCAAAUGGAUACAAGUUGAUCUUCGAAUGCCUCCAGACCAUCGAGAAAGCACCGAUCAUCCGGAAGACGGAAGCCUUUGACCAGUACUUUGAGAACUGCUUUAGGCGCAAAGGCCAAUCGGUGGAUGACCACCUCCGGAGGCGGAAGCAAGAUUGGGAAGAUCUUUGUGAUCUGAGUGACAACACCUCAAUGAGCGAGGACCUUCGCUCAUACUUCUUGCUGAAGAACAUCAAUCUGGGCCGUGAUGACAGGAGAUCCAUCCUUCUUGCAAACCAGUCGGAUGACACCAUCGCUGGAAUCGAGAAGGCGCUUCGUGUUAGCUACUAUGAUGUCCAUGAGAAGGAGAAGAAACAAAGCUGGCAGCCGAAGCAAGACAAGCCACACCGGCGUGAUGGUGGGUUCCGCAAGCGCGGAUGGGCUCAUUGGGCUGAAGAGGUUGAUGAUGAGACCGCCGAGUUCGAGAUUCAAGAGUAUGCCAACUACGACCUCGACGAGAAUGACAUGGAGCAAGAAGAUGAUGAAGAGGCCUAUCAAGUCGAGGAGGCCUAUGAAGUUGAACAGCACUCGGAUGAAGGGGCAUCACAAGACGAAGAUGUCUACAAUGCCUAUGCAGCCUUCGACAAGAUGAGAAAAGGCUACAAGGAGAGCCGUGCCAAGUUGAAGGAGUUGCAGAAGAAUCGAGGCUUCUUCCGAGCAGAUCUUCGUGGAGAGCUCACCUAUGAUGAAAGAAAGCAAGCGAUCGAUAAGGAGAAGCAACGGACAAGAUGCGGCACCUGCGGCCACGUCGGCCACUGGUCGGGGGAUCCUCAAUGCCCUCGAGCAUCCAAGUCCGGUCCCAAGAAGAUUCAGUCAGGUGCAAGUGGAAGCAACAAGAAAGGCAAGCGCAAGGGCAAGUCCCGUGGCAAGGCCUAUUUGGUCGGAGAUGAACCUUUGUUGUUUUCGCUGGAUGAUGAUGAUGGAGAAGAGACGCAUGCAGCCUACAUGAUUGGCCCUGGGGAGAAGGAGGAAGAUCAGAUGCAGCAAGAUGCCGGGCUCAAUGACUUUGAUGAACGUCGCAAGACAUCGGCCAGUCAGGCCGUGAGCCCACGAUCUUCUUCGACUUGGGAGCAUGUCGCACCGAAUGACAUCCCCACAGCUUAUGCCGGCACCACUACGAUCGCUGGCCCAUGGCUUGGUUCAGGUCCACAGCAGGUGGCGGAGAUCACAUCACAAGUUGAUUGGAUGGUCCCGGUUGCUUCAGAGAAGAUGUCCCUGCUUUAUGUCAACAGCUUUCAGGAGGUGAUGCCAGACACGCCAAUCAUGGAGAUGAAGGCCCGUGAGCUGCAAGCAGAAUGUGAGCAUUGGAACCUCCAGACAUCCGGCACCAAGGCACAGAUGCAAGAUCGUUUGAACAGCCCCAAGGCCGAAGUCCGUGGUACAGCCAGCUUCACCCAAGAGGAUGCCAAUGUCAGCCAGUUCGGCACCCAACUCACCGGCACCAAGUUCCAGCGAGGCCUGGAGGAGGAACCGCAGAGCCAAGGACUGAUUCUCCCAAAGUCCAAGUCGCCAAUCUAUGUCGACGCCACUGUAUUCCAAUCCCUACGGGCAUGGCAGUGGGAAAGGCGACCAUGGAGGUCACGUGUCCGAUCUGUGAAAGCGCUAUGGUUCUUCGCGCGAACCGAGUUGAUGGUGGUCUUUUCUUUGGUUGCAGCCGUUUUGGAAAGCAGGAAUGCACUGGCACUCGACGAUUUGAUGAGGUGGUGCGGCCGGCAUCACAGUAUGGCCACCGGGCAUAGCCCGGCAAGUGCAUUCAAUGGCAGCAACAAUGUAUCACCGCCAUUCCUGGCAAGCGCUUUCAUGAACCGGGAUGGUGAGCAUGAGCCGAAUUCGAUCCUUGAGCCCAAUGCCAAAGACUUCGAAGCGAACACGAUGAAUUCACUGCAUGAUGAAGGUGGGCACGACUAUGAUGAUGGUCCACAAGAUGAGUCACGACUUUGUUUGCUGGAUUCCGCAUGCACGGCCUGCAUGCACAGCCGGAGGUGGAGACAAGCCUAUGAGCGAACACUUCCGGCAGGCCUCAGCUGCAAGAAGACAGAUCAAACUAAGGUGUUCCACUUCGCCAACGGAGCAUCUACCGAGGACAGAGUUGCUGUUUGGGAGAUUCCCAUUUUUCUUGGAGGUCGUAGAGGACAGGUAUACAGUGCUGAACUUCCAGAAGGUUCUACACCGCUGUUGCUUUCCAUUCCUGCCAUGACAGCAUUGGACAUGACCCUCCAGAUGAAGCAACGCAAGGUUCUUGUUCAGUCGCUCAACAUUGAACUUCCCAUGUUUGUCACCAAGACAAAGCACCUCGCAGUUGAAGUGGCGUACAAAGAAGGUUCAACAAUUCCAGAGCUUUCGAUGGAAGCAGCCCCUUCUGUGAUGUCUGACAAACGUGACCUUAUGGUUUACUACAGUGAGGAAGCAGAGUUUCCUUUGUUGAGCGAGAUGGCCGAUGUUGAGGUCUCCAUGUUCUCCCGCAGCAAGGACAAGCAGCAACCAACUCUUGGAGCACGUGGCAUCUUGAACAAUGAUGCAAGAGGCCAGCUGUCUGAGAGAAGAGCGAAGGAGUUGCAAGCAAAAGCUCAGAAAGCGCAAGCAGUUGAUUCUCGCACCUGGGCAGCUUUGAAAAGACAGUACAGUCUUGCAGAGCAAUGGGCGACCAAAUCUUUUUCCACCACAGUUCUCUUCGAACCUUUUGGAGGGAAUUUUGGAGUCACAAGAGUAGCAUCCCAUGUUCACGGAUGGACGAACAGCCAACCGCUGGAUCUCAUGGAUGGCUAUGACAUCAUUUCCCCUGGACGCCAACAGCUGUUGUGGAAAGUUUUGGAAGAACAUGAUCCCUACAUGGUUCUCAUCGCCUUCCCAUGUACUUUCUGGAGCUUGUUGUGCAACCUCAGCCAAGGUGUUGACUGGGGAAAGUUGAGGAGAACAUUGGGUCGAGCAACAUUGCUUUUGGUCGUGCGCAUCUGUGUUUUUCAGCACCGCAGAGGACGUUUCUUUUUGCUAGAGAACCCAGCCGGGUCUAUGGCGUGGGUAUUUGAGAAGAUCAUUGCAAAAUUGUUUGUUCUUACAGAUGGUGUUUACACCACAGGCGAUCAAUGCAGAUAUGGCAAAGUUGAUCUGGAAAGUUUGAGGCCCAUCAAGAAACCAACGGGAUGGCUCAGCAACAACCAGUUUGUCCUCAAUCAACUGGGUCGCAAGUGCACAUGUCGUUGGGGUUCACACCAGCAAGUUUUGGGGAGCAACCAAUUUGGUUCCAGAGCUCUUCAAGCAGCAGCAUACCCUGAAGGCCUCAGCCGGGCGAUUUGCUCCGGCAUUCUCAUGAGCAUGAAGUUUGAGUACAGCCUCGCCAUGUCUUACAAAGCAGGUUCACACAGCUUUGUCUCCUUUGAACUUGCCUUCCCAGCUCGUGAUGAGGUGGAUGUUGAUAUGGAGGAGGCAGAUCGGGAGGAGGUCACCAGGGAAGAUGCGCAGCAUGACAAGUGGACGGUCAUUCAACCAGAUCGUCUCAUCCGAGAGCAUUUUGUUCCAAGGUUGAGACUUUUCAUGCCGGCAGCUUUGACAGAGCCACCCAUUCCGAUUCACCGGAUCUUGCCCGGGAGACGAACUGUUGCCAAGUAUUUGAACCACAACAGUGAAGUUGUUGACAAUGAAAUUUAUGAUGAUGAAUGGGCAACAGGUGGUGUGAGGUCUAUGUAUCGUACAUGGGUGGGCCACACAGAGUUUCGUUUCCAGCCAGAGGAGCUUCAAGAGCGUUUUCAGCCUGUUGCAAUGAACCAACCUUCACAACCGGAGCUUGUCGAUUUUUCUCCCUUGACGCCGGCACCGGCGACACCUGCACCUGGCACACCAGGUAUUCUGCAGAGGAGAAGGGCGCGUACCCGACAGCUGCAACGUGGCUUCUGGACUGAGAUUGAGAGUCCGGAUGUGGUUGAUCUUUUGGAAAGAACUUCAGAGCACAUACUGGAGCAGGGAGCUGGCGAUUGGACACUUUUGGAUCCCAAUAGCGAUCUUUUUACAGAGUGGCAAUCCCAUGAGUCAGCAAACGCAGAUGUUGUUUUAGCUCUCUGUUCACACCGUGCCAAGAGGAUGAAGAAACCUCAACCACAUGCAGGUCCAGCAGAUGUUCCAGUGCGUCGCUCAUACCUUUUGUUGGCAGGUGGAGAAGACGGCAAGCAAGGUCUGAGCACAGACUGGGAGGAUUGGGCACAGAUGGCACCUUCGUCACAACAGCGUCCACUUGUUGGUACACACCGUGUUUUCUACAUGGUUUUGUAUGGCAAGCCUGCAGGUGAAGCUGAUGAUCAGAAAGGUGACAAGUUUUUGCAACAAGAGCUGGAGCGAGAACGGAAGUGGCAAGUUUUGCCGCGAGAGCUGAAGCUAGCAUUGAGGCGUGUUCACAUCAACUUGGGCCAUGCAAGUCCCCAGGCUAUGAUGAAGGCAUUGCGCAUUUCACGUGCAUCAGCAAUGGCUCUGAAAGCGUGCAGGUUGUUUCGAUGUGCAGAUUGUCCAUGCCUCAAAGUGCCAAAGCUCCCACGACCUAGCAAGCUACCCGUUGCAGAUGAGUUCAACACACACGUUGGAGUUGACAUUAUUUCUGAAAAGGAUAGCACUGGUCAGAGUUGGCAAUGGCUCAACAUCCUUUGUCAAGGUACAAGUUUUCAGGUUUGCAUCCUCCUCGGCGACACCAACAUGAAUCCUACAGGGAAGGCAGUUCUUGCAGCUUUCCACCAAGGCUGGACGUCUUGGGCAGGUUUUCCGGAAGUUGGAGUGAUAGCCGACAGAGCAAAAUACUUUUUGUCUAGCUUCGCUGAGGACAUGGCCGACCAUGGUUGCAGAUUUGAUACAGCAGCAAAAGCAUCACCUUGGCAGAUAGGGAUGAUUGAGCGGCAUGGUGGUUUGUGGAAAGAAACUUUCAGACGCACAGCCUGGAGUCAACAAGUUGCUGGAAAGGAUGAGGUUUUAGCAACAACUUCAGCAACCAAUGCCGCUAAGAACAGUCUUUGCAGAAAAGGAGGUUUCAGCCCAAACCAAUGGGUGCUGGGGAAGGACAUCAGACUUCCCGCUUCGCUCGUCGAUGAUGAUGAGGUCAACAGGAUUGGUUCUCUUGCUUUAGCAAGCACUCCUGGCACCAAGUUCCAUCGCAAGCAUCAACUUCGCAUGGCCGCGAGGCAAGCUUGUACAGCAGCUGCAAACUCAGAAGCCCUGAGGAGAGCCGAACUUCGACAGGUUCGACCACAUCGCGGACCCUGGCUUCCAGGCAUGUACUGUUUUUACUAUGAUGGUGCAAACAAAGAUCCUGGUCCUAGCAAUUGGAGAGGUGUGGCUCGUGUCAUUGGUUCAGAGGGCAGUCAUACAAUUUGGAUUUCACACAGAGGCUUGUUGUUGGCCGUGAGUCCUGAGCACUUAGCCCGAGCUUUUGACCAAGAGGUUCGGCAAUGGGCAAUCGUUGAUCAGGAGCGUGAGUUGAUUGACGCAAUGCCUGCAGCUGGUGGAACAGGGUUCAUUGACCUUCGGAAAACUCCAUUACCACCUGCACUCACCGAAGGCGCAAUAGCAGAUGUGCCAGAAAGUCAGCAGGAGGAUGACGAUAUGGGCAUUCCGAUUGAAGGUCCUGAGCAGCCGCCACAAAGAGCCGAAGAACCUUCCAGUGAGGAGCAAGCAGCACCUGCGCCAGUGGAGAAUGUCUCUUCGGAAGACCUCAGUGCAAGCUCUACAUCCAUGGCCCGGAUGAAGCUGGAAUCUGACAGAGAUCAGAGAAGAAUGUUGAAGAGCAGCGAGUUCUUCGACAAACGAGCUCGUGAGAGAAGGGAAGCUCGUGAAAGACGACAAUCCGAUUUCGAAGAAGCUGAACGACUUCGUGAACAGCAGAGACAAGCAGAGGCAACACCUAUAGAAGAAGAUGUUUUUGAUGAGGAGCUUCACGACUACCACCAGAGUCGACCGACCCGACAGUUGACACCAGUCGUGGAGGACCCAGCUGCAGAGGCAAAUGAAAGAGAAGCUAAACGCUUGAGAGUGUCUGAGGAUAGUCCUGAGACCGCCAACUUCGUCGAUGCAGCAGACAAAAUUCCUUUUGCUUUCAUGGCCACCGAACAAGAAGGUUUUCUUGAGGAGACGGCAUAUGCCUACUACAUGGACAGGCAGCUGGCCUAUGAAGGCCUUGGUGUUAGUUUGGACACUUUCAUUUUUGGCAUGCGGCGCAACGACUUCUACGAGCGCUACAAGUCCAUGCAGGAGCACGCCAUGCAAGGCACAGCUCUGAGUGCCCCAGACACCAAGAAGAAAGGAAGAAAAGAAGUGAAACUUCAUGAGUUGAAGCCCGAGCUUCGUCGAGAGUUCACCAAAGAAGGAGGCUCAGAUCAACGAGAGUGGGAUGCUUGGAAAUCCAAAGAAGCCUGCGAUGUUUUGAGCCCAGAUGAGAGUCGCAAGAUUCAGCAAAACAGCCCAGAGCUCAUCAUCUCCACAAGAUGGGUUCGCACAAACAAGAAUGAUGGUUUGCAAAACAAAGAGUUUUUAGCAAAGAGCAGACUUGUUGUACUGACGCUCGUACAAGGGUUCAAAGACCGGUCCCUUGGACAUUUCAGGCGGGGUGCACCAACAGCUUCAGCAAUUGCAGAGUCGAUUGUUUUGGCAAUUUGUGCCUACCUCGGUCUGACCUUGUUUGCCAAAGAUAUCAAGAACGCCUAUUUUUCUGGACGCAGUUUGGAAAGAGAGGUUUAUUUGUCCCAACCUCGUGGAGGCUUGCCCGGCCUUCAAGAAGGCCAACUCCUGAGAGCUCGAAAAGCCAUUUACGGUUUUGCAGAAGCUGCGCGAAUGUUUUGGCUUGCUUUGAGGGAGUACCUCAUUUCAGAUGGCUGGCAGGAAAGUCGUUUGGAGCCCGCUUUGUUUUAUUUGAGGCAAGGCAACAAGCUUCGUGGAAUCCUGGUCAGUCACGUAGAUGAUCUUGAGGGAGGUAUACAGCCUGAUAUGUUGGAGACAGCUUUUUCAAAGUCCUCACAAGCACUUGAAUUUGCUACCAACCACUACAAAGACUUCAUUUUCCGUGGCAGGGAGAUUCACCAGACUCCAGAACGACAUGUUGAUGUCAGCAUGAAGAACUACGCUUUGAGCAUGAAGCCGGUCCGCAUCGAAAAGCACCGUCGGCAGCAGCUUGAUUCAGAGCUGACAAAAGAAGAACUCGACCUCCUACAGAGUUCAGCUGGCGAGCUCGGGUGGAUCACCCGGCAGUUGAGGUGCGACCUGGCCUUCGAGAACGGCGUGAUUCAAAGAUGCAAGACAGAAGCUUGCAUAGCUGACCUUGUUCGCUUGAAGCAAUAUGUUGGACAAGCUCGACGAGGCGCCAACUUUAGACUUCGAUACUGGAGCGAUGUGAACUUGAGUGAAGCCGUGGUUGUGCAUUUAGCCGAUUCUGGUUUUGCAAAUGGCAGCCCUGAGCACAAUGGCCUUCUUCGCUACCGCUCGGUGGGAGGCUACUUCAUUCUCCUUGCCAACAAGGAGAUACUUCAGGGACAACCUGCAAGAUGCAACAUGAUUUGUUUUCAGAGCAGCCAAACCAAAAGAGUGUGUCGCAGCACGCUAGCAGCUGAAGCCAGUCACCUAGCAGAAGCGGUUGAAGCUGGAGAUUGGGUAACAGUUGUUUUGGAGGAGGCUCUGACCGGAGAUGUUGAUCUCCGGAAUUGGCAAAGUGUGAUAGAAAGAAGGGAAAGGGUCUAUGUGACCGAUGCAAAGUCGGUUUACGACUAUCUGCGUAAGGACGCCACAAGCACCAGCACUGACAAGAGGAUGGCAAUAGAAGGUGCACUCCUAAGGGAGACCGUGAGAAAGCCCAAAGCAGAUGUCAGAUGGAUCGAUGGAAUGCAAAACAUAGCAAAUGUUUUGACCAAGCACAAUGCCGAGAAGGACACCCUUCGAGAGUUUCUGAGGACAGGCCAAAUGUCGCUGACGCAGACAGAGGCCAACCAAAAGUUGAAAGAGAAAAGACGCCAAGAGCGCCAGAGCAGAAGUGAAAAGAAAAGAAGUUUCAAAGAAACCAACAAAGAAGCUGAUUUGAAGCAGAAAAGGACUGCAAAGGCCGAAGCCAUUCGACCUGGAGAGGACCUCACGGAGAGUGCAAUGGUACUGCCGACGAUCGAUUUGUUCUCCUUCUACUUUGCCACCGUGGGUUACUUCGUGUCCUUGACCGUCAUCGCCGGGAUCCUCAGGGCAUCGGACAUGACCAUGUACUUCUACGUGGGCUUCCACUUGAUGCUCACCAUGGCCUCUGUCUCGCUCCACGAGCUGGGGACCUUGGGCACCACGAUGUCGGUGGAGUGGAUCCUUGGACCGGGCUUCUUCAUGUUCGAAGGGCUCUUGGAGUAUGGGGGUCUCUCUGAGGGCUUCCGCCGUAUCAUCGUCGGCUUUGACUCCACUGCACGUGUUUCCUUCUCACCUGAGAAUAUCUUCAUAUAUCCCAAUAUCCUCCCGACUCUCCCCGACAUGAAUUUCUUCGGCGCAGAUAUUCUGCCGGCUGGAUCCAUUUACUGGGCGCUGACACUGAUGUUCUUCACCUUCCAGAACAAGACCAAGUCCGCAGCUGUGCGACAGGCGCUCCGCACGGGCACAGCCACAUAUCGAGCCACGGGGCGGCCGAAUGCCAAUACAAGGCUGACGUUGAUCGAUACCUUUAUGCAGUACCGACAGAUGCACUACCAGGACGCUUGCCUCUUCCUCUUCUAUUACAUACUCUACCGCAGUGCCAACAUGGGCCUUGCCGGCGCCCUGCCAAUGAUUACCAUCAUCUUCGCAUGUGUUUGCUGGCUCACUGUGCCCACGCUCUUCGCGCCCUACCCGAGCUGGCAGAACCUGUGUGAGGACGUGGAGGCCUUCUACCACUUCAUGAUGCGUUGCCCUGCCGACCGGAGCAGGGCUGAGCUCUACCACACCAGGAUGUGGAUCACGAUCUCCGCGAGUGGCAAUAAGCCGGCGCAGGAUCCACCCAAGGCUGGCGCCAAAGGCCAACCCGGGAACCUUUUUGAGGUGCUCCUGCAGUCUGCCUUGGAAUCCGACAAUCGGCUGCUCGAUCCGGUGAAGUAUGUGAUCGUCAUGUUCAACUACCGCUUCACGGACGAUUGCAUGUCCUUAGCCUGGAGCCUUUGUCGCACCACCUUGCUCUUUGCCACCUUGCCCUCUUCAGUGAUCGAAGCUGGAGAGUUCUGCCUUUUCAUUUGGGUGCUCCACGCCUUCCUCGUCUUGGCCUUUGGUGUCUUCGUGGACGUAUUGUGGAUCGGGGCACCUUGCGCCGCAGCUCCCAGGAUCCUGGCGAAAGCCACCUCCUUUUCCACCAUUUUGCUGGCUGGUAUGCUUUUCUUCUCCUUCCUGGACACCGUGGCGAAGGUGCUGCUCUUCCUCAGCCGCCGCUGGCGCAAGUUGCCCGGCCGUGGCAGGCCGGUCACCGCCAAGAACGUGAAAGUCGGCAUGAAGGUCCUCCCCGGCAAGGAUUGGAUGUAUGACAUGAAGAAGGACGAUGCCAAGCAGAACGCGGCCCCGGGAUGUUCCAUGGUGGGCACCGUCACCAACUGCGACGAUUGCCAGGAGCUGGGCUAUUGCGAGGUCAUGUGGGUCAACGGCAGCGAGGGCCGCUAUCGCAUCACCACGAGCUGGCAAACUGCCAGCGACCUUCGGCGACACCCAGACUGGCUCCUUGGACGCGGAGCACGCGGGACGCGACGCGGGCUCCUUUCGUUUUUCCCCCCGUGCGACGCGACGCGGGCUCCGCGCUUUACACGCGCGCCUGCGUUCUUUUUUGUGUGGUUUGAACACCCAGCAGACAAGGUAGUGAACUGA